AUGUACUCUUGGCAGUGGCUUCUAGGAGUGGGUUUUUCUUCUGUGCCACCAGGUAGUAACUUUCAGCAAGUCACACUGGCCAGAGGUGCCAGUCCGUGCGCCGGGUCUCCUGAGUUGUUGAGCGGGUCUUUCCCAAUCCUGAAGUGCGACCUGCAGAAGAAAGAGGCAAGUGUCCUGUGCAGAUACCUGGAAUGUGGCACCGCGCUGCAGUGGUCCAGAGCUCAUCAUGGAGCAGGGACUGGAAGUCAAGAACAGAAAUUCUUGUCUUGCCAAGGAACAGAGCCUGACACUUUCCACUGCAAGAUCAAUGUGAACUUUGCAGAGCAGUGUGACGUUCUAUCCCCCACCGAGGUGGUGUGCACAGUGUCUGAUCCCUACACGUUGGGUCUCAGCAUGCAUGGGAAGCUGCAGGUGCUAGAAAGAGUGGCUGAGUUUACAGCAGUGUUUGUCCUGACUGACUGGGGAGGAUUCCUGAAUCUCAUAGAUGGUUCAAACCAGUGUGAUGGCCAUCUGGAAGUGGAGCACAGUGGGCAGCGAGGCCUUGUGUGUAGUGACCACUGGGGCAUGCAGGAAGCUUCAGUGAUCUGCAGACAGCUUGGCUGUAGCCAUGCACGUUCUACCUUCCAGUACGUUCUGAGGCCUGAAGAGAUGACGGCACCCUGGCUGUAUGGUGCCAAGUGCAGUGGUAGUUACUUUCAGCAAGUCAGGCUGGCCAGAGGUGCCAGUCCGUGCGCCGGGUCUCCUGAGUUGUUGAGCAGGUCUUUCCCAAUCCUGGAGUGCGACCUGCAGAAGAAAGAGGCAAGUGUCCUGUGCAGAUACCUGGAGUGUGGCACCGCGCUGCAGUGGUCCAGAGCUCAUCAUGGAGCAGGGACUGGAAGUCAAGAACAGAAAUUCUUGUCUUGCCAAGGAACAGAGCCUGACACUUUCCACUGCAAGAUCAAUGUGAACUUUGCAGAGCAGUGUGACGUUCUAUCCCCCACCGAGGUGGUGUGCACAGUCAUCAGGUCACAUCACUCCAGUGACCUGCAAGAAGCCUGCCUUGACCUCAAUUGCUUCACCCAGUGUCUGUCUUCAGGUCACGUGGAGGCCCGGCUGCUGGGUGGUACACACCCCUGUGAAGGACGCCUGGAGGUUCUUCAAGGCCUUACCUGGGGCACCGUCUGCUAUGAUGACCUGGACCUGCCCAUGGCCAACGUGGUUUGUCGGGAGCUGCGGUGUGGCACCGCUGUAUCCAUACUCAGGAGUUCCCACUUUGGCCACGGAUCAGGGCCCGUGUGGACAGAAGCCUUUCGCUGUGUGGGCAAUGAGUCACUGCUGUUCCAUUGUCUGAAGGAGCCUGGACACCAGUGUGGCCAUGAUCAGGAUGCUGCACUAACCUGCUCAGAGGAAAAGUUCCGACUGGUCAAUGGCGGCAGCGGCUGUGAGGGCCGUGUGGAGCUUCGGGUAAAGGAGGACUGGAAGCCCCUCUGUGCCGCUCACUGGGACUCAGCAGAUGCCACGGUGCUCUGUCACCAGCUCAGCUGUGGUUAUGCGCUUGCUGUACCCCAAGGAGGACACUUUGGAAAUGUGAGCGGUCUUAUCUGGAAAGAUGUGUUUCACUGUGUGGGGACAGAGCCCCACUUGCUGAGCUGCCCAGCAAGUACCCUAGGGGCCCAGGCAUGCACCCUGGAAAAUUCAGCCUCGGUUAUCUGCUCAGGUCUCCAGGAUGCCCUACGGCUGAGGGAUGGACAGAGCCACUGCGAUGGGCGAGUAGAAGUCUUCCUGGAUGGUGUGUGGGGGCGUGUACUGGACAAUGCCUGGGACCUGCGCGAUGCUGCUGUGGUGUGCAGGCAGCUCGGGUGCGGAGAGGCACAGCGAGCCUAUGACGCUCCAGCACCGGACCACAAGACAGUCCCUGUGGGGUUGAGCCUCGUGCGCUGCUCGGGCUCUGAGACCCAUCUGACCCGGUGCAAUGUGUCAGUGUCCCAGGUGGUGCCUGCGGGGACUUUGCAGGAUGCGGGCGUGGUAUGCUCGGGGAGCUUGCGCAUACGGUUGGCAGAGGGUAAGGGCCGCUGUGCUGGGCGUGUCGAAGUGUUCUAUCAGGGCACAUGGGGCACUGUAUGUGACGAUGCCUGGGACCUGCGGGAUGCCCACGUGGUCUGCAGGCAGCUGGGCUGUGGCUAUGCCCUCAGCGCUCCUGGGGCUGCCCAUUUUGGAGCAGGAACUGGGCGCAUCUGGAUGGAUGAAGUAGGCUGCCUGGGCGAGGAGGCUGCUCUCUGGGAGUGCCAGUCAGGAGGCUGGGGCCAACAAGACUGUGGGCACAAGGAGGACGCAGGUGUGGUCUGUUCAGAAUUCACUGAUGUAAGGCUGCAGGAACACAGCCAGCCAUGCACAGGCCGCCUGGAAGUUUUCUACAAUGGGACUUGGGGUGGCGUCUGCCAGUCCCUGAGUGCUGCCUCUCUGAGGGUUCUGUGUGGACAACUGGGCUGUGGGUCCCAGGGGCAGCUGCUGGCCAGGCCAAGGAGCUCAUCUACACUGGAGACUCUCUGGUUGAAGUCCAUUCAGUGCAGGGACAAGCAUGACAGGUCCUUGUGGCAAUGCCCCUCGGAACCCUGGAACAGGCACUCUUGCCUCAGUGGAGAGGAAGCUUGGCUGGUGUGUACAGAAAAGACAGAAGUUUCUCAGGAUAUGGAGCAGAUUUCCAACUGCUCCUCAACACUUAGCUGCCCAGAGGAAGGUGCACUUCGCGUGUUUGGGGGUGACAAUGGCUGUUCUGGACGGGUGGAGUUCUGGCACGGAGGAUCAUGGGGCACAGUAUGCGAUGACUCCUGGGACCUGGCAGAUGCAGAAGUUGUGUGCCGGCAACUGGGCUGUGGCCCAGCCAUAGCUGCCUUGCGGCAUGCUGCCUUCGGCCCUGGUUCAGGGCCGAUAUGGCUAGAUGAAGUGGGGUGCCGAGGCAGUGAGACGUCUCUGGGAGCCUGCCAGGCAGAACCGUGGGGAUAUGGAGACUGCUCCCACAAGGAGGAUGCUGGUGUGCACUGCCUAGAUAUGUCCACGACCAAGGCAUCAGGUAGUUCCCUGGCUCCUCCCUCUGCUCCUGAGGUCUGGACCCUGCCUGAGAUUGCCUGCUUGGUCCUUGGCUGCCUCCUGGGCAUCAUUUUUCUGGUUCUGGCUUCUAAGUGGUACCACAGCAGAGCCAUCAGCAUGGGUUCCGGAGUGAUGGGGCAGCUGCCCUCAGAUGCUAUCUAUGAAUACAUUGAAACAGUCCCUAUGGAGGAAAGGGCAGAGGAGCCAGCAGCAACCCAGAGCCUGGUGCAGGAUGAGGAUUAUGAUGAUGCAGAAGAGCCUGAGGACAACCCUGGGGAAGAUAUGGAGGCUGGGCACUGUUGAGCCUGAGGACAGCCCUGGGGAAGAUAUGGAGGCUGGGCACCGUUGAGCCUGAGGACAACCCUGGGGAAGAUAUGGAGGCUGGGCACUGUUGAGCCUGAGGACAGCCCUGGGGAAGAUACGGAGACUGGGUACCGUUGAGCCUGACUGGUGUGCACCUCUGUUUCCUGAGUUCCAGCACAUCCUUUCUGAUGUUAGGCUCAAAUAAAGUGAUUCUGCUGUGGUCUGGUACUUAGAAUCCCUGAGGACCAAAUGAGUGUCUCUCUCUUUAAAUAUAGAUGGGGCUGUUUGCUGCCCGAAUGCUGAUGUUGAUGCUGAAAUAGAAAACUGUGACGACCCCUACUGGCCUUGAGGUUAUAAAACUGUCCAAAGUGUGAUAUCAUCCUCAGAGACUUUAGUCUUCCCUGUCCCCAUUUAACCAACCUGAUGUAUGUCAUUAAACUUCUUUCAACUUAGAAUCAAUUGUCCACCCUUCCUAGAACUGUU